AAAAGCCGACAGCAGCGCGGCAGCACCAGCGCAGUGAUAAAGCAAUGAAGGAAAACCGUCGUGCGUGAAACGACUGCAUCUGCUCUGCGCUACAAGCGACGAACCUUCCUCAGUCAUUAUCGAUCGCGUUGUGGAGCAAGCUGGCUGCUUGGGUGUCGUCUGUCCCGCAUCAGAGAGGCGCAAACUGUAGUGUAGAAUCGAGCUAGGCGUGCACGCGUUCCAUCAUUCGUCACAAAUCGCGCAAACAAAUCACGCCGUCGUCAGUCAUCCGUUCGUUUUAGUAGCGCCGAUUCAUCGCCAGCCAGGAGAAGUUCAAGUUCAACCGCGUGAAGAUCUCUGGUGGUGCUGUUUACGCAGCAGGGUGCCACCCGUGGCCGUCCAAAGAAAGGGUGUGGUGAAAAUUUCGACAGUCGUUAUCAACGGCACUAUAAAGUUGUAUACCCCAGUUAAUCGCAUUACGACGGAGUCACCCGAAGAAGAUGGUGUCGACAGUUCAAAUUUUGAUGAGCGCUUGUCUAUCGCUGGUGCUAUCAUCGUCGUCGGAAUCACUGGUGCAGGCGCAGAUGACCAAAAAACGCUGCAUGAGCCAACCGAAUGUUUCCAAAAAGGUGGACAAGGUGAUACACGAAUGUCAGGAGGAGAUUAAAAUGAGUCUAAUUGAAGAUGCCAUACGGGUGUUCAAAGAGGACUGGCAUGAUCGCAAAAAGCGUUCCGCUGCAGAUGAGGAAGGCUUCCAACAUCCGACGGUGGUUUCCCAUGAAGACAAAUGGAUUGCUGGGUGCCUGAUGCAAUGCGUGUACCGCAAAAACAACGCCGUCGACAAGAACGGUUGGCCCACGUUGGACGGUUUGGUCAAUUUGUACACGGACGGGGUCAGCGAACAGGGCUACUUUAUGGCUACACUUCGCGGUGUGGACCGUUGCCUCAAGGGGACCUCCAUGAAGUACAAGGUGAAAAGGAAUGACGUGGCAGAUAACUUUGAGCAGUGCAAUGUGGCAUUUGAUGUGUUCGACUGCAUUUCCGAUAUGAUAACAGAGUACUGCAGUGAUCAACCAAGUCACGAUUUUCACUAACCGAUGCAAUCGGUGUGUCCGGGAAUAUGAGAGCGCAAUGGUACCUUCAGUUGUUGUAAAAUUAGAUUUAUAAUAUUUAAUACCAGAAGUGAUGUUAGUAAAAUAGAGGUAGUAGUUCUUA